AAACAGUAGAAGGGAUAACAACAAAAAGAUGCAGACAUGACAUUGAUGAUUGUUUUUGCUAAUAUUAAAACAAUUCACUAUAAUUCUUGCACCUCACGAUUAAUUCAUUGCUUUAAUGUGCUUCUAAAAGUUUGCAGAUUCUUGCCUCACUGUGAUCCACCCUUAACAUGAAGAAAAUGUCACACAAAACCCAAAGGAUACCUCAUAAAUGUUGAUAAAAGUCAAAAGGAACCCUAUGAAGAAUUUUAUUUUCCUCACUAAUCACUAUCAAACCAAACAGAACCACUGCACUUUUUCUCUUUUUCUCUUUUUCUCUUUUUCCUUAACACAAACACAACAUCCAACCACUGUUUUCUACACCAUCUAUGGUGAAAAUCUCUGUCGAGAUAUGCAUAAUAUCAGCUCGUGGAGUAAGAGCUUCACCUUCACUUUGGAAACAUCAAUGGUACGCAGUUGGUUGGGUUGAUCCAACCAACAAAUACAUCACCAAAGUUGAUGCUUCCACCAACACAAACCCUCUUUGGAGAACCAAGUUUUCUGUUCCAGUUGAUAAUUCAGACCCGGGUUUUCAAGAUCUUGCAUUGAAUGUUCAAGUUUAUAGCAGAGACCCUUUUUUCUUCUCAGAGAAACUUCAUGGUUCAGCCACUGUUCUUCUCAAAGAGUUUCUUGCAAAAGACACGCAGAAUGAAGAAAUUGGAAGCUAUCAGUUGAGAAAGAACAAGUCUAAGAAACCAAGAGGGUUUGUUGAUGUUUCGGUUCGUGUUUCUCAAGACAAAGAAGAAUCAAAUUCUCACUCAGGUAAUGAGGGAGGAGGAAUAUUGCUCUCAGAUAAUGGUAGUAAUAAGGGUGGGAAUGGACAAAGAUAUCACCAACAAAUGGAUCCAGUUUCAUUCAAUGGACCAUUUAAACAAGCACAGACUAAUGAACCCUACUCACAUCCAAUGCCAUUUCCCACAAACUACUCUAACCCUUAUGUGGGUGGACCAACCUACCCUGCAGGAGCUGGACCAAGUUAUCAACCACCGCCACCACCUCCACCGUCAAAUUUCGGUUACGUUCCCACUUUUCAUCAAAGUAAUGAUGGGUUGGCACCAAGUUAUUUUAAUAUGCCAUCAUCAUCAGGGACAGCUCCUAGGCAGAGGGGACCUCCAGGAUUUGCAAUGGGAGCUGGUGCUGGAGCAUUGGCAGCUGGUGCUGUAAUGUUUGGUGAUAACUUAAUGUCAGGAUUUGAUUUUCCUUCUGGUAUUGGAGAUCCUGCUAUUUCUAUUGCAACUGAUCCUCUUUUCUAAACAAGCAAUUAAGCAGUGUUACCAUUGGUGCUGCAAAUCAGAUAUGACCGGAUUCGGAUUCGGAUUCAACGCAGUAACUGAUUUUCGCCGUUUGAUCUCAACCAGUCAUGCAAGGGACAUGUUUCUGUAUUUUACUUUUUACUAAUUAUGCCUUUUAUAAGUCUAAUAGUACUUGUUACUUUGUGGUAAGUCAUGUUCUAGUAUAUCCUAAGUAAAUUCUAGGUCCAGUAGUGUUUUUCUUUGACACUGCAUUCAUCUUUCCAUCAAUCAGAGGAGGAAGAAAACAUAGUCCUAUUGAACUUAAAAUCGUGGCUUAUAGAAAUGUUUUCUCAUUCGAUA